GCCAGAUGGGAUAGUGUACCUGUGUAGACUGGUCCUCCGACCGCCAGGGGGCCCCGGGGUAUCCAUGUAACGAGGGGGAUUGAUGAUAUGAGUCGGACCCACGUGUCGGCUUCAUGGUUGCUGACCGUUUCAUCCAUUUCACCGGCACUGCCUGAGGGAACGGGCGGCUGGGGAGAGUGGCCGGCUCCUGGGACCUCUAUCUCCCAAUGAGGCCGCCCCAUCCCCGUGGUGUAAGUGGUCAGCGAGGCCAGGAGUGCCCCUCGGGUACCGGCACCAGGUUGUGAAGCCUGGGAGUGGAAGCUCAUCUCUCCUCGUCAUUUCAGCAUGGCAAGUGAAGAUGAUGAUCCAGUUAUACAAGAGAUUGAUGUACACCUGGCCAAGAGUCUAGCGGAGAAACUGUACCUGUUCCAGUAUCCCGUGCGUCCAGCCAUGAUGAAAUAUGAUGAUGUUACUCAUUUAUCAGCAAGAAUAAAACCUAAACAACAAAAAGUUGAGCUGGAAAUGGCGAUUGAUACAGUGAGUCCCAACUACUGUCGGAGCAAAGGGGAACAGAUUGCUCUCAAUGUUGAUGGGACCUGUACUGAUGACUCUGGAAGUACCUAUGCAACGAAACUCAUGGACAAACAGAUCUUCUCAUCCAUUCAAUCUGCUGUCAACACCUCCCGUUAUGCUGCUGCAGUCUACAGGAAAGGAGAGCUACAUGUCACUCCAUUACAUGGAAUGCUACAGCUGAGACCGAGCUUCUCCUAUUUGGAUAAAGCAGAUGCAAAACACAGAGAGAGAGAAGCUGCAAAUGAAGCUGGUGACUCUUCUCAGGAUGAGGCUGAAGAUGAUGUUAAGCAGAUCACUGUUCGUUUCUCACGUCCUGAGAGUGAGCAAGCUCGACAACGUCGUAUCCAGUCUUAUGAGUUCCUGCAGAAGAAACAAGCAGAAGAGCCCUGGUAUCACCUCCAUUACUGUGGUGUGAAGGACAGCCGGUCUGAGCACGAGCGGCAAUAUCUUUUCAGUCAGCUGGCUGGCAUGUUGGAGACAACCGAGUUAACUAAAUCCCCAAGUGAAUAUUUAUCCAUGUUGAUGCCUCCAGUUGAAGAAGAGGAAUCGAAGGUCCCUCUGGCCCCCAGUAAUGUGCUGUCUAUGGCCCAGCUACGGACUCUUCCCCUCACAGAUCAAGUGAGGACCCUGAUGAAGAAUGUGAAAGUUGUCCAGUUUGCAAAUCUGAUGGGUCUUCUAGGAUCAGGAGUUGAUUCCACGGCGGUCCUGCGCUGUAUUCAGCAAGUGGCGAUGUUGGUUCAGGGGUGCUGGGUCGUUAAAAGUGAUGUGUUGUAUCCGAAGGAUAGCUGCAGCCCGCACAGUGGAGUUGCUGCUGAAGUGUUGUGUAGAGGAAGGGACUUUGUUAUGUGGAAGUUUACACAGGAUCUCUGGGUCAUACGAAAAGAAGUAGCUGCUGUGAUCAAGCUCCCCCCUGAGGAUGUGAAGGACUUUCUGGAGCAAAUGGCAGUUCCACGUAUCAACAAGGGCUGGGAGUUCCUGCUUUCCCCUGAUGCAGAAUUUGUGAAGAAGCAUCCAGAUGUUGUCCAGAGGCAGUACAUGCUUUGGAUGGGGAUUCAGGCCAAGUUAGAGAAAGUGUACAAUCUGGCCAAGGAAGAUGUGAUGCCAAAGAAACCCAUCUCUCAAGCAGUGGUGGUGUGUGGGGAGCGCAGGGUGGCCGUGGCCAAAGAGAGAGUGCAAGGUAAUCAGAACGUCCUAGAGAACAACUACCGACGGCGAAAGUCUUCCCACGUGGUAGGCACGCGAGCUCCAGAGGACACCCCACUUGCUAUCAAGAUCAAAGAGGAGCCACUGAGUGAGGAGGAGCCCAUGGACACGACCUCCGGACUGGGAAGCAAGGCAGCCAAUGGGGUCCACUCGGACGAAAGUUCUCGCGACUCAGCAGAUUUGCCUGUUGAGUGCCAGGGGGCUCGGAGUGAAGUUGUAGCAGCAGAGCUAAAAGAAUUUGUGCGGGGGACACUCAGGAAACAUUAUGUACUCAGUUUAAGUGAGCUGAAACGACUGUUUAACCUGCACUUGGCCAGUCUGCCCCCUGGCCAUAUUUUAUUCAGUGGCAUUUCAGACCGAAUGUUACAGGAGACGCUUUUGGACUGUGGAUGCAAACAGAUCUUGGUGCCUUUCCCUCCACAGACGACCGCAACAGCUGACGAACAGAAGGUGUUUGCACUAUGGGAAGCUGGGGACUCCUUUGAUCAGCAUCGGCAGAUACUCCUUGAAAUUUUUUCAAAAAAUUAUCGAGUGCGUAGGAAUGUCAUUCAGUCUAAACUGGGCCAGGAUUUUGGAGAAAGUCUCAGUAAGCCCGAUGUGGAUAAAGUUCUGAAGGACUGCUGUGCAAGUCAUGGUGGAAUGUGGUAUCUUAAGGGGACCCUGCCUUCUUGACAACUGCAGAAUGUCCUGUUCCUAUACAAUGACUGUCUUUUGGAACAGGGCGAUGGGAUAAUGAAUGAAGGUGGAACGCUGGCUUCGCUCCAGAGAUGGGAUAACAGACAAUCGUACCAUACAACACUCAAGCCUUUGACCAUUCAUUGGAACUCCGUGAGAGCCCGAUGAAAUGAUAACAUCUACCUAUGUAGGGAAUAAGAGCCUAAUUAAUGUUCGCAGCUCAGCGAAUCUGACCUGGAUUUAUUGCUUUUAAUUCUGUGUACAAAAUAAAGUUUUGGUUAUCAAAAUGCAUCUUCUGACUCCACUCAUGAGGAAUCAUGGAAUAUAGUUUCAUUUCUUCUGUAAUUUGAAAUCAUCUUUAAUCCCUGACCACCUCAGUGCACAUAACAGUUUGAUUACACAGGACAAGCAAAUCAAAGGCUCUGGUUCUGUUCAUUAAAAGGUCAUCUCUAAAACGUAAAAUCUAAUCUAUUUCAUGAGUAAAAGCUGUAAACUGGCAAUCUUGUAAAAUCCCAGACUGAAAGAGAUUCUUAUCUGUUGAAUGUUUAAUUUGGCAUUUUGCUGUUUUAAUACCAGUGAAUUGUGCUGACUUCCUUGGUUCCAAGAUACCUUUUUGUGUGGCAUAUUCAUGUUUUUUUAAAUUAUAUUCCACAUUGAAAUUGUCAUUUUUCAGGUGAAAAGUGUAGCACCUAUUCAGAUUGCUGCACAAUCAGAUGAACUCUGUAAAUAAAAUGUUUAAACCA